GAUCUGAUACAGUCAGAAUCAGUUUCUGCAGCAGAGCUUCAGUCCGUCUCUAAUCAGCAGCAGGCGUUACAGCUGGAAACUUGGGAUCUAAACAGGAGAUUUUACUCUCUGCCCCCAGGAAGGUUCAAUUUUCUUUUGACCUAUAGGUUGAUGUUCCUCAUUGAAUGAAGGGAUGGACAUCUGGACAGCAGAGAAAAUAAUUCUUCUUGGUUUUCUGUUGAAAGCUGUUUGCUGUAGAAAUUUCAAUAUCAGUCUGCCACAGAACAUUCAAGCUCUCAGUGGAUCCUGUGUGAUCAUAAAGUGCAGAUUUGAGAUUCAGGAACAAUAUGACAAAGACCUCACUGAAAGUGCUACAGGACUGUGGCUCAAAGAUGGAGAGAAUAAGAAUGAGUAUCUAGUGUUUCACUCCACAGAUCACAAACCUAAUCACUUUAAUGGGACAAUAACUGGAAAGCUACAUGAGGGGAACUGCACCACUAUCUUCUAUAAUGUUAGUUCAAGGCACAUUGGUAGAUAUUACUUCAGGAUUGAAAGUGCUGGUUUGAAAUAUGUCUACAAUCUAAAUACCUCCACUAUAAAUGUGUUAGACUCUCCCCCCAAACCUACAGUGCAUCUGUAUGUGGAUCAGAAGGAGGUGCAGGAUCAGGAGGAGGUGUUGGAGGGGAGCUCUGUGAGUCUGCGCUGCUCUGCUGGGACUCUCUGCUCCUCUCCUCCACCAACUCUCACAUGGAGCUCCACUCCCAGAAUCCCCCUCAGAGAGAGCAGCAGACGAGAGGAGCUCAUCUCUGAUCUGAACUUCACUGCUACUCACCGUCAGCACAGAGUCACUUUCACCUGCACUAUAACCUACCAGCUACAGGACCAGAACAAAACAGCACAGGACAACAUUACAGUACAUGUUCAGGAUUCACCUAAAAACACAUCAGUGUCCGUGCUUCCCUCCAGCUCUGUGUUGGAGGGAAGUUCAGUGACUGUGACCUGCAGCAGUGAAGCAAACCCAGCAGUGAACUACACCUGGUCCAGAGAGAGUGAAGGACAGAUGAAGCAGCUGCAGACUGGAGACACUCUUACCUUCGAUAUGAUCGACCUGAAACACAGAGGCUGGUACUACUGUACAGCGCACAACCAACAUGGCACCCAAAACUCAUCAGUGAUGCUGGACAUCCAGUAUGCUCCUAAAAACACAUCAGUGUCUGUGCUUCCCUCCAGCUCUGUGUUGGAGGGCAGUUCAGUGACUCUGACCUGCAGCAGUGAAGCAAACCCAGCAGUGAACUACACCUGGUCCAGAGAGAGUGAAGGACAGAUGAAGCAGCUGCAGACUGGAGACACUCUUACCUUCGAUAGGAUCGACCUGAAACACAGAGGCUGGUACUACUGUACAGCUCACAACCAACAUGGCACCCAGAACUCAUCAGUGAUGCUGGACAUUCAGUAUUCACCUAAAAACACAUCAGUGUCUGUGCUUCCCUCCAGCUCUGUGUUGGAGGGCAGUUCAGUGACUCUGACCUGCAGCAGUGAAGCAAACCCAGCAGUGAACUACACCUGGUCCAGAGAGAGUGAAGGACAGAUGAAGCAGCUGCAGACUGGAGACACUCUUACCUUCGAUAGGAUCGACCUGAAACACAGAGGCUGGUACUACUGUACAGCUCACAACCAACAUGGCACCCAGAACUCAUCAGUGAUGCUGGACAUCCAGUAUGCUCCUAAAAAUACAUCAGCUUCAGUGAAUACCUCCAGCUCUGUGUUGGAGGGAAGUUCAGUGACUCUGACCUGCAACAGUGAAGCAAACCCAGCAGUGAACUACACCUGGUCCAGAGAGAGUGAAGGACAGAUGAAGCAGCUGCCGACUGGAGACACUCUUACCUUCGAUAGGAUCGACCUGAAACACAGAGGCUGGUACUACUGUACAGCUCACAACCAACAUGGCACCCAGAACUCAUCAGUGAUGCUGGACAUUCAGUAUGCCCCUAAAAUCUCUCCAUUCUUCAGAUGUACCAGGACUGAUGUAACUCUGUGUUUCUGUGAGGCUGAUGGGAAUCCCUCUCCUGAACUGGAGUGGCAUCUGUCUGGACGUCCUGUCAUUAACUCUUCAAACACGUUCAUCAGUGUAGAGCGAUUGAGCAGCACAGGCUUGAGGAGCUCCAUCACUCUUCAUCAGUCUCUCACACACACAUUCACUCUGCAGUGUGUCAGCAGAAACACUCAUGGCACUGCAAGUCAUCAGUUUAAUUUGCUUCAUGUCUCUCCUCAGGUGUCAGGUUUCCAUCAUUUCUCUUUUUUGGUUGGAGUUGCUGGUGGGGCUUCUGUGAUGAUGAUCAUUUGUGGCAUUUUACUUAUCUGUGCAAGGAGAGAAAGCAACCCCAGAGGAGACGGUGACACUGGACUCAUUCUGACUGACAGGGAGGAUGAGAGUGGACCUGUUUGUGCCAAUAAUGCCAUGUUGUCUCCUACUGGAGCUGCCACCCAGAAUUGUGAACUCAAUUAUGCCCCCAUUGACUUCACAAACAUCCAACCAAAGUCAGAAGAGAUCAGGGGCAUCUCCUCGCUAACAGCUGAGUACGCGGUGGUCCAACGUUAUCCUGGCAGAGUAUCAGGGGCAGAGAGCUCAACAGAAGGUGAUCAGCCAAACAGCGGCAUCUCAGCUGUAAUGAAGUCUGAGAAAAAUCCAACCAUACUAGAGCAGGAGUCAAAAAUGGGGGAAGUGUUAAACAAGCCAUUAGAAGAAACAAUAUAUCAAAUUAUCACCAUCUGAGCUAGAAUGGCAGUUUUGUCAUGUAAUUACAAUGAAUGUUAGCUGCAGCUUUCAAGUGUCAAA